AUGCUGAAGCUUCAGGUCUCGGCUCCUUCCCCGGAGGCCUCUGCGGCAACAACUCCGACCCUUGCAGACCUCAGCAGGAAUGCUUCCGUCAUUUCUUCGUCUUCUAGCUCCAGUUCGACGUCCGACCUGACCGUGCAGACUCCAGUUCGGCCCCGCCCUCUGCGUACCUUUUCUUCACCACGCACAGCGGUGCGCUCGAGGAGUCCUCAAUCUCCCACCACGCCCCGUGGUUCCCGACCUCCCGCGUAUCUUGCCCGAGAGUUGGGUCUUGCCGAAAGCGCUGACGACGAACCAUCCGAGCUUAGGCCUCCAACCUCUCGAGCACAAUCCAAAUCGCGAAACAGCUCCGUAAAUGGACGUAUCGGAAUCACCGCUGACGAUUUUGAGUUUGUGAGGACUUUGGGAGAGGGCUCAUAUUCUACGGUCAUGUUGGCGAAACACAGAACAACGCAGCAGGAGUAUGCUAUCAAAAUAAUUGAUAAGAAUCAUCUCCGACGCUUCGAAAAGCUCCCGACUGCCUUAGCCGAGAAAAACACAUUGGUUAGGCUGGGUGCAGGACAUCCAGGUAUUGUUCGGCUGCAUUGGGCUUUUCAGGAUGAAUGGAGUUUAUAUUUUGUGUUGGACCUGGCCAGGAACGGAGAGCUCCAGUCCCGAAUAUCGCGGAUGGGUUCCCUCUCUACCAUGUGUGCCCGAUUUUAUGCCGCACAAAUAGUCGACGCUCUGGGAUACAUGCACUCAAAAGGCGUUAUACAUCGUGACCUGAAGCCCGAGAACCUGCUACUGGAUGACGCUUACCGGAUCAAGAUCACAGAUUUUGGCACAGGCAAGAUUCUGGAUUCAGGAGCGGAGCGCACGAAGACUUUCGUAGGCACUGCACAAUACGUAUCUCCCGAAUUACUAGAAGAUAGCGAGACAAGUAAGAGCUCCGACUUCUGGGCUUUGGGUUGCAUUAUCUACCAAAUGAUUGCUGGACGCUUUGCAUUCCAAGGACUGUCAGAAUACCUCACUUGGCAAAAGAUAAAGAAGCUCGAAUAUUCAUUCCCGGACGGGUUUGACGAGCAGGCCAAAGAUCUCAUCGAAAGGCUUUUUGUCCGUGAUCCUUUGCAGCGAUUGGGAGCUGGAACCCCCGAAGAUAAUAAUGAUAUGCAAGCACUUCGUGCACACCCUUUCUUCUCAUCGAUAAGUUGGAGCACUUUGUGGACAGAUUCGGCACCGCCUCUCGAGCCUGGUUUGGUGAAGAAGGAGCAGAAUCCAAACCAAAGCUCGAUAAGUAGCAACUGGGACGAUGUAGGUGCUACCUGGGAUAACCUUGUAGGAGAAAAUGAAGAUUUGGAUGACGACAUCAGCUGGGCAUCUGACGGGGAGGGUGCAUAUACCCUGGGGUCAGCAGCAGCAAAGUCUCCGAGUGGCUACAUAUACACAGAGAGCGUUGGACCCAUGGGCGAGCGGCGCCCUUACUCCUUCCCGAAUCCACCAACUUCUAGCCCUGUCGAUGCGAGAGCGACACUUCCUGACAGUAAUCUGGUUGAAGUCGUUAAACCGUCGGCAGACACCAUAGAUGAGCCACCGGCAGGGCUCGUUAGCGCACAUACCAAUGGUGGGCACCCCCCAAAUGAUACUGACGAUCAUGCUAUGCCCAUUGAUGUGCCGAAGGGGUCAGCUGCGGAAACGCGUUCUGUAGGCUCUGCCACGAGCUCGUCAGAUGGGAGUCCAGUUGAUCAGGCCGGCGCAGCAAUGGAGGAAGCCUCCUCGCGAGGACGAAAUCGUGCCCAAACCCCAAUACUGGGUAACAGCAUUUCCUUUGAAUAUGAUUUGACUCCUCUACUCAUACCUGGCGAGAGUGUUGUCUUUAAUACACAUGUAGAGGCGAGUGGACCCAAGCGCCGAGCGAGCCGAUUAUUGGCUAUGGCGGUUGCUCCCAAAAAAAUAAAAACGCGCGAAUUAGUUCUUACUACACACCGACUAAUGUGUCUCAAGUGUAAACCUGGGCGUCCAAUUCAAAUCAAGACGGAGAUUUUCACAAAGUUCUCGGAGAAGGACAAGGACGGGCGCCAUCGUAUUACAGGUGUCGAGCCCAAGGGGGAGCGCGAGUUUGUAGUGAUGACGGCCGCGAAAUCGCAUUGCUUCUUAACCGGUGGAUCGUCAAUAGCAAGUACAUGGAUUAGAAAAAUCCGCGAGAUUUUGGAGACACAAGUGUCUGCAGGCAGUGUACGCACGGACUCUCGAACACGGACCUAA